AUGACAUCAGUGGAGACCCCGCUCGUCGCGACAUUCUAUACGCGUACACGUCUCACCGGAUUCGAGCUCGACAUGCCUGCAGACUCUCCCCUGACGUUCAACCAGGCCGUUCGUGGCAUCGCGGAGUUCAUCGAAGUGGCUAUACAUACCAUCCUGUAUAUCAGGCAAAUAUAUCCUGCAGAGCUUUUCGUCCGCAGGAAGAAGUACAACACCCCCGUUUUUCAGUCUCGUCAUCCUGCCUUGAAUGAGUAUAUAUCGGGUGCCAUCAAGGCUAUUACAGAAGAGCUUGUGCUUGGCCACGUAAACAAAGUCGUGGUCGUUAUAAAAGAUAAAGAGGAGGUCCCUCUUGAACGAUUCAUCUUCGCGCUACAGUGCAUGAUUGAGCUAGAGUCUUACAACAAAGACACUAGCGUUCAGGAAGCUAUGACCUCCACCGCCCUAGGGCAGUAUUUCCGCUCGUUCAUGGUGAAGCUUAACAUGGCUGAGGCCCAACUGGGCCAACUGGAAAUGUGCGGUACGGCCCCUUUCGCCAAGAUAGCCAAACAUGUAUGCUAUAACAAUAUUGUAAACAUAAUAGAUGAUCUUUCGUUCGCAAUCGUUCUUGAGUUGCAAGAUGAUAAAGCACCCGCAGCUUCUCAUGGACAGGACCCACCAUCUUGGAUUCCAGCGACAACCCCCCAUACAACGGCGGGCACACAUGAAAAUGCAGAGCUGCACAUGAUCCGUGCUGUUGACACUGGUAUUAUUAACGCAACCGUGCAAGAAUCUGAAGCAAAGCUGAAACGGGGACAAGAAGACCUCAAAGGAAAAGGACGAGCAUCGUGA